AUGGAUGAAAUUCAUGAAAGUAAAUUAACACUUUAUAGACGUAUUGAAAAUAUAAUAAAAAAUAUUGAAGAAGAUGAAGCAAAAACAAAUGAAUGUAUGAAAGUUAUUCGUAGUAAAUCUAAAUCUGAUAAUAUAAGUAUUGGUCCUGCAAAUGAUUUACUUCGUUUUCUCUAUAUUCUUGAACGGCAAUAUCAAUGUGAUGAUGAUGAAACACGAAGAAAAGCUAGAGAAGAUUUUUUGGAAUAUAUUAAUCAAUUUCGACCACCUGAUGAUGAUGUUGUCGAAGAAGAAGAAGAAGAAGAAGAAGAAGAAGAAGUAAAUGAUGAUGAUCAACAACCAGAUCAAUCAAAUGGGUCACAACAAUCUGCAUCAAUAGUUCUUCCUAAUCCACCGCUGCCGCCGCCGCCGCCUGCCGUUAUAUCUCCGUUAUCAACAGUUGUACCUCCUUCAGCACCUACUAUUAAAUCCCAAUUACCACAUCCACAGCCUACACUCUCGGUAGAAGAUAUUGGUGAAAUUAAACCAGAAACACUUGUUGAAUAUAGAAAAUUAUCAUUCGAAGCUCAACAAUAUGAAAAACGUUAUUCAAUAAUAGAUCUUUCACGUAAAAAACAAUUAGCAUCUUGUAUAAAAGAUAUUAUGAAUAAAUUACGUAAAGAAACAUUUCAUACAUUAACAAAUGAAUUAUUUGAAUUUUUAAAUGGACAAGAAAAAAAAGUUAGUAAUCAAAUACAUCGUAUAUCAAAUGAAGAAGAACGCUUAUUAUGUUUAUCAAUGCUUGCAACACUUAUUCUUGCACAAUUACUUGGUGGUGAUUUAAAUGAUAUAAAAACAGAAAUUUUUUUACCAUUAAUUGGUAUUCUUAGUCGAAAUCAACAACAUCAAGAAUUUCGUAUUAUUUUUCUUGAUCGUUUACAUAAAAAAUGUCCAUAUACAGUACCAUUAUAUCCAAAACGACAAUCAACUAUGAAUGAUAAACAAUAUUUAGAAGCAAUAGGUUAUAUUGAAAAACAAGAUGGUGAUCAACGUCGUUUAGAAACAGAAAGUGAAUUUUUUACUCGAAUGAAUGGACUUAUACGAUUAUUUUGUAAAUUACUUGUUAGUCGUGGUCCACCAUUUGAUAAAGAUUUAGCAUUUGCAUGGAAAUGGUUUUCAGAUGUUUUAAAUUUACCACCAAAAUCAAAUAUAACAUCAAUUUUAAUACGUGUUUUUCUUGAUGAAGCUGGUGAAAUUAUGAUGAAAGUAUAUCCAAUGCAAUUUUCAAAAAUAAUUAAUGCUAUUCGUAUACACUAUUUACCACGAUUAGAAAAAGAAACAAGCCAUGAUCAAAUAACAAGACUUCGUUUAACAUUAGAAAAAUUUUCUAAAUAA